CCUACUGUAAAUGAGGGUUCGACUCUAGAAUCCUAUCGGUUAUCGGUUAAAAUGUUCUGUUAAUGAUGUUCAUAAAGUGGGAUGUGAGUACUGGGGUGAUAUACAGAUGAGACGGUAGAUAACACAGAGAGUGAGAGGAGCGGAGAGUGGACGGUGCGACACCUGGUCGAGCGAUAUCUGGACAUGCCAGCGGCGGUAAACGACUAUACUAUGGGCACUUUGAAUAUUUGAAGUUCCCAUUGCCCGUUUCUCAUCCACAGACCAUCGAAUAUUCGGCGGCCGCAGAGAAGAUCCACGCGGAGGAGCCCCAGCUUGCGGUUGUAUUCUGUCAAACCGGGGGCCUCCUUGCACCGCAGUUUGAAAGCCUGCUGGCACCGAUCCCAAUCUGGCUCUGACGGGAGCUGUGCUGCAGCCGCCUUCUUCUGAUACUUGCUGUAGAUCGCAAAGAAGACGUCGAUGCAGCGCAAGCCCUCGGGACGUCUGACGACGAGAGACCCGACUAGAGGACACACGACCACUAUCUCAGUAAUCCGGUAGUUCACACAAAUCGGCAUUUCCCGGUCUUGUUGGGAUAAAUCCGCGAAAUGCCGAUGGCGGUUAUCUUUGAGGUUGUUCGGGUCCUGAGGAUCGAAAGCAAUGUCAAAGUAGACUUUCGGGUAAGGAAGGUGCUCCCGUUGGCUAAAUGCCACCAGAGGCCAGCUGAGUGUCACGGGGGCCUGCGCCAUGCCUGACGAACGAUCAGAGACACAUCACAGCACACUCAGAUUAUCUCAACUUCGUUUGAGCACGGGCUUGGGCGGUUUGGGCGGAUAAGAUCGGUGUUCAUCGUCGCUCCAAGGAGCGGCUGAGCAGAAAUCAGCCGUCGAAGCUAAAUCGGAAAACGUGGCAUCCACACACCAGAGUUAGGAGCACUAUAUGCGGAAAUCAGGGUCGGUCGCGGCUGCUCUGUGGCCGGCGGACCGUAUUGGAACGUCUGUCUCUUCGCGCCUAAUGAACGUCAGGGGGCUCUAUCCCAUCAGUGAGCUCGACGAACGGGAGCUCGAGACCGCUGAUCUGGAUAAGGCAACGCGUCGAGAGGCAGAAAGGGCGCACUUACGUGGGAUUGAUCCGCUGGUCAUCGAAGAUGCUCGUCGACGAGAGUGGCUUUGUCGUGGUGGGUCGUGAAUGGAAGUGGGCAGCGGCGCAGGAGUCAUGGAUCGGGGCGCAGUGUCGGUCUUGGAUGACCCUUUGAGAAAGGAGAAAGAGAUUCUCUUCUUAUCUCGGGGCAAGACUUCGGGACUGAGCUCGUCGGGGAGGGAGAUGCUGCCCAUCUUCGGAGUCGGGGGAAUCUUAUGUGAUUGAGGCAUGGCGGGGUCGUGAACGGAAUCAAAACGAAGGAGACGAUGUGCAAUUAAUCCUCGAAACACCAAGAGUCCUGGAAUGGAAAUUAAUCAACGACAUAAACGAGUAGUACCAGACCACAGACUCGGGCGAUUAGGAGAUAAAGAAAGUAGAGUGAAGGAGUCAGCGACUACAGUGAGAAGACCCUCGAGGCCCCCACCUGAGGCUUCAUGCACCUUUAAGGGCUGAAGGUAGGACGCAAGGCCUUGACUGACACGAGGCGCUGGUAAUGAUAUCGAGUGGUUAACGCCGAGGUGCCGGUCUGAUAGAAUAUGCCCUCAGUUGACAGUCCAGGUGAUACAUGACCUGAAAGCUCGCUCUCCACUAGUGCUCGAUACGCCGUCCUGUAAGCUGUGAAGCGGGGCUCGUGCCUGCUCGUUCAGGGUAACCUUCUCACCGCCGUUACACCGGUGAUAGCAGUGAAAGUAUGGAGGGCCCAAGGAAGACUGCGAGUUCAUCAGAGCACGGGCUGGGCAGGUGAUCGGCCCCUCGUCUCAAAAGAGCAAACGAUAGUCCACCGCCCGGAACACACCGAGCCGGCUUGAGUUUGCCUGUGCAAGAUGGCGAGAUACCGAUGCAGUCAACGAUAGAUUGACGAUGGUGAUAGCAUAGAAAGUUGAAACUGGGCAAUAGUUAUAGAUGCCACGACAAAUUCGUCACGCGAAGACUCCGCCUGGAAGGACGCUCGAGUCGUGCUCGACAGACGAGGAAGACUAUCAGUGGCAGUGCUCAGCCUGAUGACCGCACGUGUUUGUCGCGAUCGGACUCGGCGAUCAAACACCGAAGUUCAAAUCCCCGGGCCCGGGGUGUGGGGAGACCGGAGGGGUAUACGACUCUCUCGCAGCAGAUCAUGUCUGGAUACGACAAAACGCGCGGCCAACCGCAAAACCCCAGAGACUUCUACGAGUCAACCAAAUCCCGAAUCCAGAAGAUACAAUCCCACUUGGCGGAAAGUCCGCGCGGGUCGCGUCUGAAGGGCAAAGUUUGCAUCAUCACAGGUGUGGGGUCGUUGAAGGGAAUAGGACGUGCCACAGCGUUGUUGUUCGCACACGAGGGCGCCAAACACCUCUAUCUGCUUGACUUUGACGAGACGAACUUGCCCAAUCUUGCCUCCACGCUCAACGUGGCUUACCCUGAUGUUAAGGUGACAACCCUACAAGGGGACGCAGCCGACGAGGCAGCGAUAGAAGGUCUCUGCCAGCGUGCUCUGAAAGAAGAGGGUCGACUGGAUGUCUUCUUUGCAAACGCUGGCUUUGCGUCCAGAGAGACCAUGGAGACAACCACAACAGAGCUAUUCAUGAAGUCGAUGAAAGUCAACUCGUUAUCGUGCUUUUUGGCGAUCAAAUAUGGGUCCGCGGCUAUGAAGAUUGCUGAUGCAUCGAAAGGCAAAGAGCUCAGUGGGGGCAGCAUUAUCAUGACCGCGUCAGUCGCUGGUAUCCGAUCUGGUGCUGGCACACUCGAUUACAGUGCCAGCAAGGCUGCCGUCAACUCGAUGGCCAAGACAGCCGCAUACCAACUGCAGAAGACAGCCAUCCGGGUAAACUCAAUCUGCCCGGGUCUGAUCGAGACAGGAAUGACAGUGGACACGUUUGAGUAUGCCCGCAAAAGGGGUGCAGAUGCAAAAAUCGGCCAACUGAAUCCUUUGGGACGAUUCGGCGUCGCCGAAGAAAUUGCACAGGCAGCUCUGUUCUUAGCCAGCGACGACGCAAGCUACGUCAACGGACAGAACUUUGCGGUGGAUGGGGGCCUUUCCGCUUCACACCCGGUCAUUCCAGGACGCUGGGCCUGA